AUGGGUUUCAAUGAUAGUGAAAUUGCCGCUUUGAUUGGUGGACAUUCUAUGGGCGGGUGUCACAUAAAUCGAAGUGGUUACGAUGGACAUUGGACGGCUACGCCGAACACAUUUUCAAAUAAAUUUUUUCGUUCUUUGUUAGAAGAACAUUGGCAAGAACGUCAAUGGAAUGGCCCAAAACAGUUCGAAGAUGUGAGGACAAAAUUUCUCAUGAUAUUAUCAACUGAUAUGGCGCUGAUUCAAGAUCCUGAAUUUAAAAAAUAUGUAGUAGAAUAUGCCAAAGAUAACGAUCUUUUUAGCAAAAGUUUUUCAGCUGCUUUCGAGAAAUUAUUGGAAUUGGGAGUGGACUUUCAAAAACGCGGUUGA